GGGCAAUGGGCAUCCCGCUACCAACGUCCAAUAUGCCGGACGUAGGCAAGAAUAAUCAGACUGGAGACGACGUGAAUGUUGAAUCUCAAUCAUCGCAAACCUACUUGGGCGUUUAUGCGCCUCCAGACCCUGACUAUGUUGCUCCUGAGUUUCCACCCGACGCACGCCUCGCUAGGAUAAACAACCAGAUCACCAGUCACAUACGGAAACCGUGGGAUAAGUCUAAAGGGCCUGCAUCAAUUCAAGGUAUCGGGUCAUAUACACAUGUCCGGUCGACUGCGGCCGCGCAAGCACCCUUGUUUCCACACCAGCGGUAUCUUGCAAACCAGAAUCCGCCAGAGUUUCUGCCACUUGAAGGAGGACAAAGUCGCGAAGAGAGGGGGCGGGCGAGAUCUCCACAAGAGUUACCGGAGAAUGUGAAAGCUGUGUACGAAGCACUGAAAUGUGAAUUGGAGAAUGAAGAAAAGAAUCCAAAGGCCUUCUCAUCGAGCAGUACGUUACCUAUUUCUCCAAUUGCAGCACUGAGGCGAAUACCUUCAUCCCCGCCCCCGCCACAUCCGAGAGCUCAUGCCAACGUGGAUGUCGAGACGGGCAGAACGGACCCUAGUCCUUCCUUCCCUGCUCCAGAGACACUCUCUACACACCUGGCAGAUUUAGAAAUGGGUGGCGUGCCACACCAGACGCAUGAUAGAUCAAGACGUAUGUCCGCUCCCAGCAUUAUUGGUAUGGAUAGCACGGGAACGGCGAAUGUGAGUGGGAAUGGAAACGUGACCGGUGGAGGGAACGCCGUAACAGGCACUUAUGAUGCUAGCCGAGACCCGCGGAGGAAGGGGAGGUAG